AUGAGAACUCUGUUUAGACGGGAGUGUGACCGGAGCAUUUCGGCGGCGGCCGGCUCCGACUGGCGGCAGCUGCUGGCAGCGGGGCUGGGGCGGCUGGACCGGGAGGAGAUGUGCGGCGAGGCGGCGUCCUGCUCCGUCAGCUUCGAGGCGCUGCUGCACAACCCGCUCAACGUCUUCCACGUCCACGUCGACAUCCACGACGUCAACGACAACGACCCGCGCUUUCUGCAAGAUGAUUUCCAGCUGGAGAUCAACGAGUUGACUUCCCCCGGCGCACGGUUUUACUUGGGCAUGGCAGAAGACCCGGACGUGGGCAGCAACGCGCUGCAGGGCUACGAGCUAGAGGACAACAAAUACUUUGUUGUGGAAAUUAAAAAGAGGCAAGACGGCAAGAAAUUCGCAGAGCUGGUGCUGCGCCGAGCGCUGGAUCGGGAGAGCGAGCAGAGCCUGCGGCUGGCGCUGGACGGCGGCGACCCGCCCCGCAGCGGCACCGCCCAGCUCUGCAUCAACGUCACCGACGCCAACGACAACGCGCCCGUGUUCGCGCAGGAUCGGUACCGGGUGAGCGUGCGGGAGGACGCGCCGCCGGGAUCCACGGUGCUGAACGUCUCCGCCUCGGACGCCGACGCCGGCAGCAACGCGCGCAUCACCUACGGCUUCCUGGAAACGCCGGUCAAGGUGCUUGAGAAGUUCGUGGUGGACGCGGAGAGCGGGACCAUCACGCUGCAGGAGGCGCUGGACUAUGAGGACACGAGAAGCUACACGUUGCUGGUGGAGGCUAAGGAUGGAGGUGGUCUGGUGGCACACUGUGAAGUGGAGGUGGAGGUGCUGGACGUGAACGACAACGCGCCCGAGGUGACACUGACGUCGGUGUCGAGCCCGGUGCCCGAGGACGCGCCAGUCGGCACCGUGGUGGCCCUGGUGAAAGUGCGGGACAGAGACUCGGGCGAGAACGGCGCCGUGUGGCUGGAGCUGUCGGGCGAGGCGCCGCUGUCGCUGGUGGCGUCGUCGGGCGGCUCGUACAAGGUGGUGACGGCGAGCGCGCUGGACCGGGAGCAGGCGGCGGAGCAGCGCGUGUGGGUGGUGGCCAGGGACCGGGGCA